UGCACAAAUAUGGCACAAAUGCAGAAACGUCCAGUCGUCAGAUGACGCGUCCACACUGAAAUAGAUUUUGGACCAUGAAAAUCGGCUUAUUGGCAAUCUCCCUACUCAUUUCUGCCUAAACAAUUUUUAUUUGAAUCUAAAGUAAGGAUGUUCAAAGCACUUUUUAAAAAGUUCAGAAAGUAUAGGUAACGAAGUAAUGAGAACAAACCUACUGUUGCGAUGUUAACAUGACAUAGGAAUAUCACUAUUUCCUGUGUGAAGUAAGCAAAGUUGGAACAGCUGUUCUGCUGGAUGGUUGCUUUGACAGGGACAUUGACGGAUAAGCGAAUGAUUUAUCAAAAAUUAAGGCAUUUAAAUGUUAUCGCAAAUAUUCCGUGGAGAAACUGAGAAUGCUGCCGUCAAAAGGAAACGACAAAUCAACACAUUGAAAAUUUUUAAUGCCAAUGUAAUCGAGUUGAAAGAAGAUGUGGAGUACCAGGUGCAGUUUGAUGCUGGGGAUAAGCGAAUGGCUAUCAUGGUCUCGCUAACCCCAGAGUUUCCAUUGGAGAAGCCAUUCCUUAGAGUUUCCCCUCCAAUUACGCAUCCUUGGUGUAACGAACACAGUGAAAUUACUAGUGCCCCAGGAUUGCUAAAUUUCACAGUGCACAGUGACCUUGGCCGUGUUGUUCAAGCCAUUAUUAGAGAAUUUAGCAAAAAUCCACCACAAUUAUUAGAAGAUAGUCCUCCAGCAACAACUAUACCCCACAGAGAUCUUCAAGAAAGAGCUUCGCCAUCCUAUGCUCUGCAGCAAUACAUAGACCUUCCUUCAACGUCCUAUAAUUCGUAUUACGAUUCACAGUAUCCGCUAUUCUCUUCCUCGAAUACAAACACCUCUGUCUACAAUUACAAUUAUACAAAUUCCGGAAACACGUAUAACUCGAAUAGCCAGACAAAUUCCUUCGCAGUACCAUCUCAUCAUUCAACGUACAUUGCAAACUCUGGAAGUAGUACUUUACACAGAACUAAUCCCACGCAUUACUCCACGAGUCAACAUGCAUCCUCGUACUUAAAUUCACAUUUCGUCAAUGCGAAUUACGGACAAUCCGUACAAAGCCACGUCCAAACGAAGGCGCCCCAGAGUUUAGUAUUCCCAGAACUGAAUAAUUUGAAUAAUGAGGAAUUGAAAAAACUCAGUGAAGACGAAGACAGGCUGGAUGAAUUUUUGGAAAAUCAUUCACAAUUAAAAGACAUUAAUGCUGCUGUCGAAGAUGCUAUAGAUUGGGUAGAGAAAACUGCCACGGCGAAUUUAACCAAAGAGCCUGAACUUAAGCAGUUGCGCGAUGAAGUUGCAGAAAAAAUUGAAACCGUCACCACGUUGAAGGCUCGGUAUGAUCAGCUUAUUCAACGGUACAAUAAAUUAUCUGAAGUGUUUACACCUGAUCAUAUAAAGGAAUGCAUGAAACAAGCUGCAGAUGAGAGUCACGAAAGAAGUGAAAAGAUAGCCGAAGACUUUCUUAAUAGAAAGAUUGAUGUUGAGAGAUUUUUAAGUACAUAUAUUGAAUGCCGAAAGUUGGGACAGGCGAGGAGAACAAAGGAAGAAAAGCUUGCGCAUCAACUAAACGAGUUGAAACGGGCUGGUUACUAAUUCUGUAAAAUCAGGCUUCUAUUAAAACUGAACAAAUUGUACAUAAUUUUUAGUUAAAUGAUAUUAUGGGUUUAAAAUUAUCUCCGCGUUCGUCAGAUGUGCGUUGGUGUCUUGAUGAUCCGCGAUUAGAGAAAGAAAAUUUUAUAACUUUACAUGGUAUAAAGGUACGUCAAAUUCCUUUUGCUGUGUUAUAUACUUGAGUUUCAAAUUAAUUUGAUUGAAAAGCUGUUUCGGGAAUACUUAAUAAAAAUUCAAUUGAUGGAUUUAGCACAUUAAAUACAUUCCAAGAGAGUCAUGUAUUUCACAUUGUUCAGAUUGCUUCAACAGUUUCCAGGUGUUAAGCGUUAACCAUAUACAGCGUUCCAUGUACUUCUUAACAACGAAUUUAUGAAUAUGCUAAGAUAUCAAAAUGAUUUUUUGUAAAAAAAAAUUUGGAGAUAAAAUAAUGAGAAACUUCGAAUAAUCAAGACAUUACUCUGAGUAUGUAAUCGUCAUUCAUUUAGAGAGUAUAAUACAGCAUUACAUAAUUGUACGCUUUGGAUGUUGUAGCAAAAUGUGUAUAAAAUCAAAUUAAUUUGAAACAUCGUUAUGCGCUAGGAGCAGUAAAUAAUCGUUUAAUGAUUUAUUUAUUCUGCUAUCGUGCUGUGAAAUAAUGUAUUGCCAUUUUUUCUGAGGCACAUUUUUUUACUAUGUAAAUAAUUAUAUAAAAAAUGAAAUAAUUCAAUUCGG